AGUCAGUCCAUCUUUCCCCCAAACAGCGGUCAACAUUCUCCGUCGCCCCGUCCGUCCGUCGUCCAAAUGGCGUCUGCAGUCGAGGAGUGGCUGAAGGGCCUCAAGCUCGAAAAGUACCUGUCCAAUUUCGUGGAUAAUGGCUACGACGACAUGUCCUUCCUCAGUAGCAUGAGCCCGGAGGACCUCGACGACAUUGGCAUCACCCUGCCCGGCCACAAGAAGAAGCUGCUGCUCUCCCUCCAGAAUGCGGCGACUGGCGGCGACGCAACAAUGCCCGCUGCCCCUGCUCCUGCUCCUGCCUCUGCUCCUGCUCCUGCUCCUGCUCCUGCUCCUGCUCCUGCUCCUGCUCCUGCCCCUCCCAAACCAGAAGCAGCGACACCCAAACCAGAGGCGGCUGCUGUUGCUGCAGCACCCAAACCCGUCGCGCCCAAGCCAGCACCAGGCGCUGCGGCUGCACCAAAACCCACAGUCGCAACCAAGAAACCGCCGACUUCGCCGCCGUCCAGCGCUGAAUCGCCCUCAACCCCCGACACAACCGGCGACGCCUCGACACCGAAACCCGUGGCUCCCAAGCCAGCGGGUGCUGUCGCCCCGAAGCCAGCUGCCGCCCCGAAACCUGGUGCGCCAAAGCCAGCCACCGAACCCGGCAUUCCGAUCAAACCGAAGCCCGCUGCAGCUGCAACAACGGCAUCUGAAGCUGCCAUUCCAAUCAAGCCCAAGCCCAGCGCUGCUGCUGCUGCUGCUGCUGCUGCUACUCCUGCUGCCACCCCGAAACCAUUCGGCGCAUUGAAACCAACACCCGUUGCCAAACCAACAUCGCCGCCGACCGAUUCUGCCGCAGCCCCAGCGCUAACGCCAAAGCCACUGAAGCCAACCCCAGGAGCUCCAAAGCCCGAGACUGCGGCUGCGCCUGCUCCAAAGCAGGUGGCACAAGAAUCUCCGGCUGCUGCUGCUUCUACUGCUGCUGUCUCCCCGGCCCCUGCUCCUGCUGCAGCGCCUGGCAAAAUCAAUGCGGCCAAAAUCUUUGGAACGGCGCCUCCGCCCAUGCCAAAGUCGGCUGCAGAAGCGAAACCAAAAGUGCAGGCCGCGCCCGUUGUCGAGGUUGCGGUUCCCAAGCCCGACAUUCCGAGCCCGGAACCUGCUCUUUCGCCCAAAGGAGCUACGGCAUUGCCCACGCUGGACGAGCUAUUGGCAGGCGCCACUUUCACGCCAAGCGAUGAUGAAGACGACGAUUUCACCCCUGCACCCGUGGCAAGGCCUCCCCCGCAGCCGCCAUCGUACAUGCCGUCCAUUGACGUUGACGAUCUGCUGACUGGUGCAUUUGCCGCCAAGGCUGAGACCUCGCCUGCGCCCGCACUCGGUCCAAAGCCCGGUGCCGCACCAGCCCUGGGUCCCCGUCCCCAAGCCGCAGCAGCCGUUCCUGCUGCCGCCAAGCCCACUCCUAAGCCUGCUGUAGAGCAAGCUCCUGCCCCAAAAGCUAUUUCGGCUCCAAAAGCGCCAGCUGUGCGGCAAUCCGUUGGAUUCGGCAUGCUUGACGACAUGCUUGGAAACAUGCUUGAGGAUCUUGACGCACUUCAAUCGGACGUGGAGUUCAAGAUCAGCAGCGCCCCGUCCAUUCCCCCCAAAGCUAUUCCCGUUGUCCAGUCGCCCUUGGCGGAUGAAGACGAAUCAAACUCUGCCUUCACAACCGACCUGGAUAAUUUGGAUACCAUGUUUGGGCUCGGUCCCGCGAGGCCGGUUUCCACAUUUGCCUCGUCGUUUGCGUUGCCCACCGACCCUGAGAACGUGCGGAUUGCAAAGACGCAGGCGGCGUCUAUUUUGGAAGACACGACUGACAACGACCUCGACGCUCUGCUGGAAGACCUCGACAUUGGCUACACGCCUUCCAAGCCAGCAGCUGCCGCAGCGCAAUCCGGAAGUGUGGCCAGCAAGCUAGCCGUCGCCUCUCCAGUCGACAUGUCUCCUGAUGCUGCGUGGCGACGCCGAGCCACGAUGGAACUGACCGCGGAGGAGGCACGGGUGCGAAAGGAAGAAAAGAUCAAGAUUGCCAUGCAAAAGAUGGCUGAGGCCAGCAUUGUCAAGCUCGUUAUCAAAGUCUACAUGGACGGUGGCAACGCAAAGACUGUGGCCGUCGAUUCGACCAUGACUGCUCGGCAAGUGUGUCAGAUUAUUGUCCAAAAGAACCGACUCGAGGAGAGCGCUACUUGGAGCCUUGUCGAAAACACCCCCAAGCUGCACUUGGAUCGAAUGCUGGAAGACCACGAGAAGGUCAUUGAAGUGCAACAGAAGUGGGGACGAGAGUCGGACAACAUUUGGGUCUUGCGCAACAUUCCUGACAAGUAUCGCAUUAUUUCGCCGAUGACGAGCUGGGCACCACCUGUCAUUGAACUAGAGGCCAUUUUGAACGUUCGCAAAAGCUCGUCGGCCAUUUCCGCCAAAAGCCUCAAUCUGGGCAAACUCAAGGACCAGUUUCAAGGCUGGAAGAAAAAGUCUGUGGUGCUUCGCCUUUCUGGCAUUUACGUUCGCAAGAGCGACUCCAAGACUUCGCGCGAUUUGACGAGCUUUGUGUCAUUUGUCGAUCACGAGCUGUGCGUGGGCAACAACCACCGCAAGUUCUUGAAAGCACCGACGGACUAUUGUCUGUGCUUGAGGCCUGCUGGAGAGUACCGGUCGCUCGAUGACGUGAAGAGCAUUUGCUUUGACACUGAAGAGAGCUUCAAUCUGUGGAUGGCAGCCAUUCGCGUUGCUCGGUUUGAUGACGCCAUCCAAGCAAACUUUUCAUCUCUGAAUCUGGCGACGUCCUCCGAGUCGAACGCUCUGCCAGCCGAUAUGCUCGCCAUGCUUGGCCCUGCGAAAAAGCCGGCUCCUGUAGCACCGGCAAGCGCUGGAAGCAUCAGCUCCAGCCGCCUCGGAUCCAUGGACGAGUUGAGGACUGUUGGUCUUGACUCGGACGUUGCCGUCAAGCGCAAAAACUCGCUGGAUUCCAACCUAGCUCUCGGUUCGAGCGACUAUGAUCACUCGCUUCCUGCUGGCCUCGGCCCCAGCGGCGCGAACGCGUUCUCGAGCGAAGCGGCUCCACCCAAGCCAAAGGCUGUGCCCAAGUUUGCGUUGCCCGGAAUGUCCGGCAUGAGUGCUCCCAAGCCUGCGACGGACCAUUCAGAUACUCCCGAGUUGCCUGCCAGACCUCUGAAAAACACUGCGCCACAAGACGACGAAAGCAACAUGUACUCUGUGCUGCCAAGGCCGGCCAAUGCGGAAGCCCCGCCGCCAAUCCUCCCUCCCAAACCUGGAGCGCGCAAGCCCAUGCUCCCUUCGCCAGAAGCCGCGAGCAUUUAUGAUACCGUUGGCCCGCGUCCUCCUGCCGCUGCCGAGGAUGCUCCGCCAACGCUGCCGCCGAAGGCUGCCAAACCGACUCCUCCGGCACCAACGUCGCCGCCCAGUCGUGCUCGGCAUGGUGCAGCGAGUGCUCAGAAUGCAGCUCUUGCCUCUGCAAUCAUGGGCGGAAUGAACAAGGGCGGUGCGACGGCUGCGCAGCCGCAGACCCAACCCGCCACCUCGCCUCCCACCUCUCCCCCGCAGUCUCCUCCGCCCAAUCGCGCCGCCGCAGCCCGCUACAAGACUGCUGGUGGUGGCAAUGAUGCUGCACAAGCGCAACAACGCUACAUCAACUGGCUCAUCAAGCACUGCCCAAGCGCUGCUCCGAUUUCAAACCUCUACUCUACCAUUGCAAACGGCGUUGUCAUGCUGCAGGCUCUAGAGAACGCUUCGGGCAUGGCAGCACCAAAGUAUAACAGGAGUCCCUCCUUCCCGAUCGAUUUUCGUGAAAAUUGGGGUGCUUUGGUCGUUUUCAUGGAGUCCUUGGGCUUGGACACCGACGACCUGGAUGUAGAGGCUCUUGAGAAGGGUAUCGCUAAGGAAACUGCCAACAUGUUUGGCAUCAUUAUGUCCCAGUAUUCCUAACGUACUGGCUGUUGUCUGAUCCGUUUUGUUGUUUUGCUUUGAGCGUUGCAUGCAUUGUUCUUUUGAGUCUACUUUUUGAGUUUGUUCCCUUCGCAAUCCACACGUUCUUUUUCAUACUCCA